AAUGCGCGUUUCCUAAUGAUUGUCACGAACCGAGGACUGAAUUCUAUUUUCGGUGAUUGGGCAAUACAGUGGUGUCAUUGUUGGCCAUCGAAAACUCUCGUAGCUGUGCUGCUUGCAGAAUUAUGGGGGAAGCUUCAUCCAUCCUCUGAGGAAUCAGCCCCCACCUUUUGUCACCUGUUUCCAGGGAGUACCGCGUCGUUUGCAUCCCAGUUCAGUCGCGCUUUAACUUCCUUCGACAACGAACGUUCUCGAGUUCCUCCAGUCAGCAGUCGGUGUAUCAUCAUCAAUACGAUGAAACCUGCACUCUUCUUCAUUGUUGCUAUCGUUUGCCUUGAGAUGGGCAAUACUCUCAAGUGCUACAAAUGCAAUGAUCCACCAAGCAAAGCCUGCGGUUUUAGGAGCUUCGACAAAAAUGGUUUAGGAGUCAAAAUAGAUGAGUGUGAACCGGAAGCCAAAUGCAUCCGGACCGUCACCUUCCAACCGGAAGAUGGCAAAGCAAACGAAACGUCUCGAGGCUGCUUUGUGCAUGAGACAGAUUUACAUGGUUAUUCGCAGACACAGGGCGUACAGUCAGAAGUCCUCUACUGCGAAACCGAUCUCUGCAAUGGAGCAGAUUCCAUCGCCGAAACUCUGAUAUCAUUUUUGGUCAUCAUUACAAUUUUGGUGAUCGCAAGUCACGAUUAAUAGCUUUCAACCGAAGCUUUCACGAAACAUGUAGAAAUGAUUUCAUCAUUUUCUACAGGUAGUCUUUAUUAGAAACAUCGCGAUGUCACUGUAACCAUUAAUGUUACUAUAACCAUUAAUGUCAAUAUAACCAAUAAAGCGUAUGGAUCAGUCAACUAACCUCACUUGGAAUUUUUGAAAUCGAAAUUCUUUGACACAGUUUGAUUGAUUAAAAAAAGGCUCUGUCACCUUAUGCAAAAUGAUAGCAAAAAUCGACUGACAGAGCCUUUAUUUAAUCGGUCGAACUGUGUCAAAGAAUUUCGAUUUCGAAAUUUGCAACUAUCUCCCUCGCAUUCAUGGUUACGAUAUACCGACUGAUCCAUCCUCUUAAUGUCAAUAUAACCAAUAAUGUUACUAUAACCAUUGAUGUCAUUACAACCAUUAAUGUCACUACAGUCAUUAAUGCACUAUACAACCACUAAACUGCCACUUUUCGAAAGUGUUUUCUCCAUGAAAAACACAAUCGAAUAUAAUUCGUUAAAUAAAUGUCGAAAAAUUGUGAAAAAAAAACACAAUACAAUAUAAUUCAUUAAAUAAAUGUCGAAAAAAUGUGAAAAAAAACACAAUACAAUAUAAUCCAUUAAAUAAAUGUCGAAUAAAUGUGAAAAAAACACGAUCGAAUAUGUAAUUCGUUAAAUAAAUGUCAAAAAAAUGUAACUCAAAUGAAUAAAGAGAACAAAUAUGACAGUAUUACAACGAAAA